UGUAUUAGCGAUGCGACAGAAAAUUAAGGCACACUUCCGGGUUUAAACUUCCUUUCGACAGUUCGGCUGUCAUACACAUAUCUACUGUUCGUACUUGACCACCGAGGACGGAACAGAAAUUGUCACCUACAACUUGCUGAUAUUAUUUCCGUGUGUGUAUGAGAUCAAGUUACGACCGACACCUAUAAAUAUGGCCGACGCGAGCUGCUCCCAAUGUUUUCAGUAUAAACAUCUGAAGGAACUCUCAGCAAAAGUUGUGAUUCAGUAUGACGAACUGUAUAAGAAAUUGAAGGCGACAGAGGAGCAGUGCAAGACUGUCAGCUCCCGACUGAAGGAGAGGGAACAGCAGAUGGGACAAAUGAAGAAGUUGAUAGAGCCUGCGAUUCAAGAAUAUGAAAAGAUGAAGAUCAAGUUCGAAAUAGAAAUGAAAUGCAGAAUGAAGGCGGAAAAUUUUGCUACGCAUAUCAACGUUCAGAACAAGGAACUGAAACGUCAGUCCAACAUGAUUAUGGCCAAGAUGGAUGUCCGCGACCUUCCGCUUGAUGACUCAGACAUGAAAUCUGAUGUCGACUCGUAUAAAAAGCACACAGCUGAGCUCAAUGAAACUAUUGAAGAGCUUGAGGAGAACGUGGCCAGGUUGACUUCUGACCUGCAGGAGUUGAGGCAGACCAGUGCCAUAGAAGAAGAGAAACACCAAAGGCUCAAUGAAAGGCACGACAAUGGCAUGAAGAGACUGAAGGAAAACCAGAACAUGCUCUCUAAAUACCAAGAGGCCAUGUUGGAACUCUCCAAAGUGUCUGAGGAGGCUUGUAAGGAGUAUGCUGUACUGCAGAUCAAAUAUGACAUGGAACAUGAAAAGGCAUCAAAGAUGCAAGAUGACAAUAAGAUGAUGAAAAAGCAGAGCGCCAUGUUGAUGACUAAUGCUAUGGGCAACCAGAAACUGAUGGAUGCUGCCCUGCAAAUUGAGAGUCUGACAAAGGAAUUCCAGGAGGAGAAGGAACAAUACCUCUCACAGAUAAAAGAGCUACAGGAGGCAGUAAACGAUGGCCAAAAUGACGAAGAAAAAGAAAAACUGUCAGAGGAGAACAAGGACCUCAUGAAAAAGUUGGAGGACUAUGAGAAGCAGUACAAGGAAUUAGAAGCUGAAUAUAAAGUUAUUGAGAAGGAGCUGGACUUGGCUAAACAUCCACCUCCCCCACCCCCACCACCUCCACCUCCAACCCCGUCUAUGGAUAAAGGAAAAGGAUUUUUAAGCAAGAUCACGAGGAAGAAAAGCAUGAAAAGGCGCGAAGUGUUGAAAUCUGCUGCGGGUGCUGGCGACCAAAAUUACGGUAAAGCACUAGAGGAGAUGAUGAAGAGGAUCCAGUCAGGCAAAGCACUCACAAAAGUCCUGAAACCUGUGGGAGGAAGGAGGCAGGUGAUUGAGGAAGAAGAAGAAGAGGACGAUGAUGAUGAGCCUCAUUCUGACAAGGAUGAGCCUCCAUCUGACAAAUUGGAGUCUCACUCAAUCAUUGAUCCUCCAAAAAUAGCGCCUUCCUUAGAUUCUGAAGAGAAACCUGCAGAGGCGAUGGUCCAGCUGCACUCCAUCUUGAACCGUUUCAAAAGAACACAGAGUGAAAGUGACCUUACUGAUCCAGCAUUCACAGACUCUGACUCCGACUUGGCGAAGACAUUCCGUAAGGUCAAACGAUCUGCAUCUGAUGAUACAGACCCUCCUGACUUGAUGGACAGCGUAAAUAAGGAGCCACAACCUGAGCCGGUCGUAGUGAACAAAGUGGCCUUACGUCACGUCAAACAAAUGUCAACAGUGCAGGAAGAAAGGACCUCAGUACUGGAGAAAGAUGAUCCAAAUGAGGAGGACACAGUGUUUUAGAUUGUGUUGGUUUCGGAGAAGAUGAGGAGGCUUUUCUGUAAAACACCAAGGAAAGGUGGUGGGUUUUGGGAAAUACAGAAGUUUUUCUGUAGAACUUGAACUUUUUAAAAUUAACUUUCAGCAUAUAUAAUCAGCUAUACAUUUCUGUCCUAAAAACUAGAUACAUAUGUCUAAUUAGAUUCCUAAAAGAAAAAAAGUAAGUUUUACACAUCAGUUUGCAAAAAAGAUUGACAUCAUAUAUAUACAUUGUAUAUCGUGUAUAUUGUUUCCUUUUAGAUUAUCUCCCUUGAAUCUGAGAUUAUUUAGUUCACUACAACAUAUAAUCAGAGCUCUUGCUUGGGUGUAAAUUGAUUUUUUCAUCAAUCAUGUCAAGGUCAGACUUGGCGACUCAUAUAAUUGAAACAUACUCUCAGUACAGUUUAAGCUAAGGCACUCAAUAUCAAAACAAAUAAUGAACUCACUCUUCAUCAGAAAAGAAACUCAUGUUGUGUUAGUGCUUCCAUUAAAAUGUUAACAUCUAUUUUGUAAAAAAUAAAUGCUUUAAAAAAGUA